AUGAUUGCUCUUCUGUUACUUGGAUACAGGAACUUGACCAUCAGUGAGCAGCGUGCCAUCAUGGCCGAGAGCGAGAUAUAUGAUCUCAAUGUCUACAAGGCCUUUUUGGAAUGCAAAGACUUCGCUCAAAUGUUCAUGAAACCAAUUGAUAACAAAAUUGGUUACUAUAACUUCGAUCUUGAACCAAAUGAAACUGUUUGCAUUGUUGGAAGUAUUGUUGUUGGAGGCUCGGCUGAUUAUCAUGUCGAUGCUGCUAUUGCGAAAGCUACAAAAGAGGGACCCAAGUGGGAAACUAUUUCCAAAGAUAAUGCUAUGUUCGUAGUCCCAGACAUUAAAGCUAAAGUUGAUAUCUCAAAAAUGAAAAUCUCUAAGAUUCUUAAAGAAUUAUUCAACUUGGUCACUGUUAUUGCACCUCCUGUCUCUAAGAUCAAGUGUAACAAUGGUAAAGCAUGUACAAUUCAAAUCCAUCCAAUUCCGCCUUCAUACCAGGUUGAAAUCAAGAACGAAAUUAAAUUCAAUCUUGAUAUAUCGUUCAGGUUCAAGAGUAUCUUUUCGACCAAGAGCACAGGAGCAUUCAAUAUCAAGUAUAAGACUGGAGGAUCUGUUUCAAAAACAGCGCUCACUGCCACUGUUGAUUUAUCACAAGGACUUUACUUAUCUUCAACAGAAAAGAAUUUCACAUAUACCAGAGAUGAAAAGGUUGACUUCUUAGCAGGUAAAGAUGACUACGUUGGCAAAUUCCUAGGUAUUCCAUGCCAUCAUGAUAAAGAAGGACCAAUUGGGGCAUCAAAGAACAACUGGUUCAGACCAAUGUUUAACGUGAAAGAUAUUUUGAAGGACCUCACAUUUUCCUUAAAUGUUUGGGAAUUCGUCGAAGAUAACCUUAAAAAAUUCAUCAACAUUGAUGGUUCCACAGUCAUUACAUGGGCCCCUAUGGCACAAUCACUCAGUACCAAAGCAAAUAUAACUGAUAAUCCAGAAAAAGUCUACUUCGAAGAAUUAACAUAUAGUGUCCCAGCAAAUGGUGGCGUAUACGACAAGAAGGACGUUGGAUUGGCUGAUGCUCCAUGGUAUGUCAGGUAUCAGCUGGUCAUGAUACUUUGUGCUGCAGUCAUCAUUGUCGGCAUAAUUGCUGCUGUCGUCGCAAUCGUUUUGGUUAAGAAGUACAAGAAGAAUGACAGUGAAACUAAGGGUGCUGAUGCAGUUUAA